AUACACAAGUUUAUAGUUCUGAAACAAGUACAUUAUCUGGUCGACCACCUUCAAAUAUAUGGACUUAUGUUACAAAAGGUGAAAAAAAAUCAUCAGGACAUUAUUCAGCUACAUGCAAAUGUGAAAAAUUUUGGAGCAUUGGAAAACCCAGAGAAAUUGAAUCUCAUAUUGCCAACCAUUGUCCUAGUGCAACUAAAGAUAUUAAAUGUUAUUAUUUAAAUUUAAUCACAUCAAGAACUAGUAGCAAUAAACGACAAAAAACUAGUACUUCUUCUUCUAAAGAUGAAGAUAUUGAAAAUAGUGAACAAGAAUUAUAUACUGAAAUUUCUGAAAAUAUUAUUAAUAAUAAUAGUAUUACAGAAUAUAGUAAUAAUGAAUAUGAAGAUCAAGAAUUAAAUAAUGAAUAUGAGGAUCAAGAAUUAAAUAAUGAAUAUAAAGAUCAAGAAUUAGAUAAUAAAGAAUUAGAUAAUGAAGAAUUAGAUAAUGAUAAAAGUAAUGAAAAAUUAGAUAUUGAAGAAAAUAAUUCUCAAUCUUUAACAAAAAAUUUAAAUUUCGUAAACAACAACCAAAAUUACAAAGAAUAA